CGCGGUGUCUUUAAGGCAAUCCGGUCAUUUUCUAUGGUCUGAGCUGAAUGACAUCAUUGAUAUUGUCAGUGGUGUAACUGAGACGAGAGAGGGGGAUAGAUGGAUUUGUGAGUUUACACCAAAAUAUUUAUCAUUCCCCGUGCAGACUAUACCAUACUAUAACCGGGAGACGUUUACAUCGGGUGCAGGAAAGUGGUGAGGAAUGAUUUGUCAAGUGCCUCGGCCGUUUUUCGCUGUCCAUGGUGCUGUUUGAAUGACUACGUCCUGAUCAGCACCACCGAGGAAGGAAGGCAGCAGUCCCUGAAGAGCUUGAUUAAAUCGGGUGAGGAGGGGAGGAAAGGGAAGGCAAGGGUCCAUUGCUGGAAAUGCGUUUCUCUGUGAGUUGUGAAAACCAGCAGGAACCAUGGAGUUGAGAGUGGGGAACAAGUACCGCCUUGGCAGAAAGAUCGGGAGCGGCUCUUUUGGCGACAUUUACCUGGGUGCCAACAUCGCCACGGGUGAGGAGGUGGCCAUUAAGCUGGAAUGUGUGAAGACCAAACAUCCGCAACUACACAUCGAGAGCAAGUUCUACAAGAUGAUGCAGGGAGGGGUGGGCAUCCCUACCAUAAAGUGGUGUGGAGCAGAGGGGGACUACAACGUCAUGGUCAUGGAGCUGCUGGGACCCAGUCUGGAGGACCUGUUCAACUUCUGCUCCCGCAAGUUCAGCCUCAAGACUGUCCUACUGCUAGCUGACCAGAUGAUCAGCCGUAUUGAGUACAUCCACUCUAAGAACUUCAUCCACAGAGACGUGAAGCCGGACAACUUCCUGAUGGGCCUGGGCAAGAAGGGCAACCUGGUGUACAUUAUCGACUUUGGCCUGGCCAAGAAGUACCGCGACGCCCGCACACACCAGCACAUCCCCUACCGCGAGAACAAGAACCUGACCGGAACCGCACGCUACGCCUCCAUCAACACACACCUGGGAAUAGAGCAGUCUCGUCGUGACGACCUGGAGUCUCUAGGUUAUGUCCUGAUGUACUUCAACCUAGGCUCUCUGCCCUGGCAGGGCCUCAAAGCCGCCACCAAGAGGCAGAAGUACGAACGCAUCAGCGAGAAGAAAAUGUCCACCCCCAUUGAGGUGCUGUGCAAGGGCUACCCCUCUGAGUUCUCCACAUAUCUGAACUUCUGCCGCUCUCUGCGGUUCGAUGACAAGCCAGACUACUCAUACCUAAGACAACUGUUCAGAAACCUGUUCCACAGACAGGGCUUUUCCUAUGACUACGUGUUCGAUUGGAACAUGCUCAAGUUUGGGGCCAGCAGGACAGCUGAGGAUGGUGAAAGAGAGAGGGAGAGAAGAGAGGGAAAAGAUGGGGAAGAGAGGAUUGGAGGGGGACCUCGGGCAGCUCGUGCCCUACCACCAGGAGUGAACCCACCAGGAGGGGUGGACAGGAUCAGAAACGGCCCUAACGCUGCUGCCUCUAACCCUGCUUCCAGAGGAGUCCCUCAGUCAGGGAACCGGUCCCCACAGGCUGUAUCCCGUGCAGAGCGCGAGAGGAAGGUGGCCAUGAGACUUCACCGUGGCGCCCCCGCCAACGUCUCUUCCUCUGACCUCACUGCACAGAUGGGCCAAUCACGCAUUGCCACAUCACAGGUUAGUGUGCCAUUUGAACACCUGGGGAAGUGAGGUGCUCUCUAGCUUGUGGCAGGAAAACAAAUAUAUUACAACUUUUUGAAUCUGUGACAGGAUAUCAAAUACCUACUUUUGAAAUUGUUGGAAUAAAUAAACAUGACUGGGUCACUGUCACUGAAGAUGGAUUAAAGAUGGAAGACAAACAACAGGAGACGUAGAGGAAGGACUAGAAGUGUGAAAAAUGAAAUGCCUGCCCAUGACUGUAAUUAACGGGAGUAAAUGUGAUGAGAAAAAGAUGAAUGAUUGAAGACUGAAAGACACUCGUGGCCUGGCCUUGCUUCCCAGGCUUGGAAGACCUGCGCCUCGGCUGGUCAAUGAGCCUCCUGUACUCCUGUCCUGGUUUACUCUCAUAAUGCCGGCUAUAUGAUCAGUGGGACUAUACAUGUCUCUCAGAUGCUCAAUGCGCAAGAAUAGAAAAGUCCACAUCAGUGCAGAAAUUCUGAGUAGGUUGAAAACAUAGUCAAAACCGUUUGUCUCACAUUGAAUGCCCAAUUUAUGAGAGCUACAUUACAGCUAAAGGUGUAUGUUUAUAAUCCACAGAAACAUCGUCUUGGAACUUACAGGUUUCCUAGAGUCAAGUAAAAAUUAUGUAUUCAUUAGUAGGCGAGAUCUCAGUCAAGAGGAAUCUGUGGGAAAUUAAAAAUAUGCAGAGGAAAUUAAGAAAAUCUGGAAAAAAAAUUCAGGAAUGGUAAAGGAAAUAAAUACGAGUGAAGUGAAUGAAUGUGAAAGUAUUUGCAUCAGAGUUGCAUCAAUGUCAGUCAGUCAGUGUGUGUUAAUGUGUUAUUGUCUUACAGGUUGUUUUUCAUACUCUUGGUUUUAGCAAGCUAGGGACCAAUCAAGAGUCAGAGGAAUGGGAUAGUAGGAGACAUAGAGAGAUGGACUGUCACCCAUUUUCUCUUUAAUUCUUUGCUGUUUAAGGAUUCCUGGAUAAAAAUUAAUUUAAGAAAAGUACAUUUUAACAAGGACAUUUUGGUUAUAUAUCAUUAUACAACACCUCCUGUUUAAAGGCCCAAUGCAGUUGUUUUUAUAUCAAUAAAAACUUAGGCUUUUUGGCUAAUUAUUUAUUGGGCAGGAAUAUUGCUGGGGCUGUAUGGGAGUGGUCUGAGUUUGGAAUUUUAUUGUUAUUGGUCUGUUAACCAAUUUACACUGUGAUGUCACCAUGAAAAGACCUAGCCAUUCAAAUCUGCUAAAUAUAAGGUCCUGUGUAGAGAGAAUUUUCAAACAACUGUCAGGAAAUAACACUGACCUAAUGUUUUCACAUUUUUUCAGUGUUAAUUUUAGCUAAUGUAAAAUAUCAUAUUAAACACAGCAAAAGCUGAAUAUUGACUGCACUGAGGCUUUAAGAUUAUAAAAAAUAUAAAGUGGCUAUGGGUCUAGGUUUUUGGCACAGUGGCUUUGUUCGAAAGGAUUAAAAUACCCAUGUAUCAUGGGUAAAUUGUAACUGACUGACUGAUCUGUAAAUAAUAAUGAGUCAGUAUUUAUGAUGUACGUUGAUUUGUAGAUCAGUCAGUCUGCAGCCAGUCCACAGUUGUCUGCAGUCCUUUUGAUCCUCUUGAACACGGCUAUUUACUUUGAAAUUCCACUUCCCUGCAGUGUGUGUGUAUACAGUGUUGAAAUAAUAAUAAUAAAGCUAAUAUUGUACCUUCAAAUUAUGGUGGACCAUUUAAUAACAUACAAUAAAUGAUUACUUCUUAUCAUUAAAUGGAGGAAAUUAGUUAUUUGCUUAGUUGAUUGUUUUUUACUGGUAUUUUUAUUUCACUGGUAAGCGAAGAAAAGACACUAACCCCUUGCACCAGAUUAAAAAAAAAAGUGCUGUAGAACCAUUUUAGUGGUCCAGAUUAUUAUAAUAAUAACUAAGUAAAUGAUUAAGCCUUAUUACUCUUGAGAUUUGAGGCAGAGUAUGGAAGACAUUAAGAGGUUGGAUUUAAAUAUGCUCAAUAGUUGUUGUUUUUAUUUUAUUUUUUCUUGAUAAAAUGUAUCUUUGUAAAUAUGUUUUUGUGUAAAGCCAAAUUUUGCUAGGUGGUUUAAAGAUGUCAAUGUAGUAUCAGAGAUGUAUUUACCUGGCUGUAGGAGAGCUUGGUUGGCUGCAAAGUGAGUCAAAUGUAAGGUAGGCCUCUCAUGGGCCAGGCAGGUUAUAAGGUUGGGAUGUAGUUGUGUGGGUGCAAUGAUACCUUGUACAUUUCUUUAAUAUGCUUAGGCUUUAUUACAACAAUACCGUGUAUAAAAUGAUAAUAAUAAUUAAUAAUUAUUGUUUUAUUGUUUUCCUUUCCAGAAAGUUGAAUUUCAAACUCAACAGCACAGCAUUGGCCCAUAUAACGCAUAGUGUAAAGACAUAACACACAUUUCAAUCAAAAGCAAUACAACAGGAAACAACAUGUGGAUACAUACAGCUACAGUUCAUACAAAUCAGAUUUAUACGGGGGGAGUGGGUAUAUUUCAUUUUAUGAGCCAAUAAAGAUAUGCACAUCACUGUC